GUCAACGCGAAGCAGUCACCAGGAGCCGAAGUUUGAGAGAGAGAGAUGAGGUUGUUCGAUCCAUGGCCAGUGUUCUUCAAGAGGGAAUGGAAACGUUGCUGGCCGUUUCUCACGGGUUUCGCCGUAACCGGCGUCCUCAUCACCAAGCUCACCGCUGGAUUCACUGAGGAAGACGCGAAGAACUCAAAGUUCGUCCAACAACACAGGCGGUGAUCUCUUGUUUAUGAAGACUAUUGCGAUUCCGCUUUCAAACCAAUUCUAAUAACAUCAAAAGAGAGAGAGGGAGAGAGAGAGAGAGAGAGAGUUCUUCUCUAUUUUCCUUUCAUCUCUUGUUUGUUUUUUUCACAAGCUCUUGAAACUAAGCUUUUAUAAUAAGCCUUACAUUUGUGAAUGAUUGAAUAUCACCAACAAGCUUUUUGGUAUCAGUUGAAAACUUGGUUUGCUUAAUCAAUAGAUUUCAGUACAAACACCAAAUAUGGUUUACCAUCAUUAGUGACAAAUCCCCAUUACAAGAGUUUAGUUAAGCAAUCAUAAAAUCUAAC